CACACACACACGUGACCUCUGACCUCUCCAAGGUUUCUCCAGCAGAUUAAAAGCCGGACUCUUCAGCCUCUCUUCAGUUUCUUCUCUGCACAGCCAUGUUCACUCGUCUACUCUCCUGUCUUCCUUCCUUUAUCUCCCUCCCUCCCUCCUCUUCUCCGUCCUUCCUCCUCAUCCUCUUGGUUAUGGCGGUCGUCGUCUGGUUCCUGAUCCCACGUCGGCCCGAGCCUCCGUCCUCUCCUGCCCCAGCUCGGGGCUCCAUCCCCUGCCUGCCGCGGCUCCCCGUCCUGGGCAGCCUCCCCUGGCUGAGAGGAGGUCUCCCCCCUCACCUCCUCUUCUCCCAGCUGUCCCACAGGUAUGGCUCUCUGUUCGCUCUCUACCUGGGUCCUCACUACACGGUGGUGGUGAACAACCAUCAUCACGCCAGAGAGGUGCUGCUGCAGAGAGGGAGAGACUUCGCUGGACGACCGAGCAUGGUGACGACCAACCUGUUGACCAGAGGAGGUAAAGACAUCGCGUUUUCAGACUACUCUCCUCUCUGGAAGCUGCAUCGCCGCCUCGUCCACAACUCCUUCACUCUGUUUGGAGAAGGAACCAGUCGACUGCAGGAUAUCGUUCUGUCCUCGGUGGACGGUCUGUGUGCAGAGCUGUUGUCCGGCGGGAGGCACGGCUUCGACCCGUCCCCCGCUGUGACCCGGGCCGUCACCAACGUCGUGUGCACGCUGGUGUUCAGCGCCACCUAUCGCCACGGCGACGCAGAGCUGCAGGAAGUGAUGCGAUACAACGAUGGCAUCGUGCAGACGAUCACCAGGGGAGGACUGGUGGACAUUUACCCCUGGAUGAAGGUCUUUCCUAACAAGUCUCUCAGUAAACUGAAGGACUGUAUCACCGUCAGAGACCGGCUGCUGACACGCAAACUGGAGGAGCACAAGGCGUCGCUGAGUGACGGAGAACCCCGUGACCUUCUGGAUGCUUUGCUAAAGGGCCAGACGGGCACGGCGUCCGGAUCAGAGGACGAGGGGAUAACGGACGACCACGUCCUGAUGACAGCGGCUGAGGCUUUUGGAGCCGGAGUGGAGACGACAUCCACCACCCUGCUGUGGAUCCUGGCCUACCUGCUGCACCACCCGGAGGUCCAGGAUCGAGUGCAGAGAGAGCUGGACGAGCACAUCGGCAGCGAGCGAGCAGCGUGCAUGUCGGACCGCGGCCGGCUGCCGUACCUGGACUGCGUCAUCAACGAGGGCAUGAGGAUCCGACCGGUCAGCCCCGUACUGAUCCCUCACACCGCCAUGACCCACAGCAGUAUUGGAGGUCACUCCGUCGGCCGUGGGACUCGUGUUUUGGUGAACAUGUGGUCGAUUCACCACGACCCCCGACACUGGGACAAACCCGACCUCUUCAACCCAGAUCGUUUCCUUGACAACCACGGUCAGCGGGUCACGCCCUCCUGCUUCCUGCCGUUUGGGGCGGGACCUCGCGUCUGCGUCGGCGAAUCGUUGGCCAGGCUGGAGCUCUUCCUCUUCUUGUCCUCUUUGCUCCAGCGAAUGAGCUUCAGGCUUCCGGACGGGGCCCCCCCGCCCAACCUGCAGGGGCGGCUGGGUGUGGUUUUACAGCCAUUGCCUUAUAAGGUCAUCGUCACGCCAAGGGCGGGGUGGGAGGGUGGUGCAAAAUAAAAAAGGAGGAGGAGAAGGUUAA